UCCACCUCUCUCGCUCUCUCUCUCUCUCUCUUCUCUCUCUCUCUCUCUCUCUCCCCACCAACGCCUGCCAUGAGUGAGGUAUAAAAGGACUCAGUUGUCCUACCAUGUGCAUCAGUCAGCUCGGAGUCCCUCCACCAUGAAGUCAGUGAUCGUCCUCUUGUGCUUAGCCUCCGUGGCUCUCGCCGCCCCCCAGUCAACCAACCUGAGUCCGGACCAUCACGCCAAAACCAUUCGGGACGAGAGAGUCGACCACGGCGACGGAAACUUCAACUACGCCUUUGCCGCCGACAACGGCAUCGAGACGGAGGUGGCCGGUUCCCCGGGUGCCGAAGGAGCUGUCACCAUGAGAGGAUAUUACAUUUUGCCCCUGGAAACUGGAGGAUCCGCCCGUGUUGAAUUCGUAGCCGACACGCAAGGAUUCCAGCCUUCCAGCGACAUAUUCCCAACUCCUCACCUCUCCCAUGAAACACGUCCACGAACUCCUCCGAAUUGCUGAGGAAUUCGAACGACAGGGAGUCAGAUUCGACGAACAAGGACACCGCAUCAACUAAGCAUUGUGUUCCAGGUAUUCCCGUUGGAAAGAGGCGUUCCAGGCACUGUUAUAACGGUCUCGACUUCCUGCGUGUUUGUGGGUGUGUGUACGCGCGCGAUAUAAAUGUAAAUAUUAUAUAAAUAUAUCUCCACUUCAUUCAUCACAAAA